CACUGCUUCCAGUGUUUGUAAUGUGAAAUGUUAUUUUGUCAAAAAACAAAAAACACGUGGCAUAUGACAUCAAGUGACCUAUGUAAAAUGUAUAAAUACUGUAUGUAACACGAUUAGUUCCAUUACAAAUAUUUUAUCACACAUUACAAAUUAAAAAAAAAAAAUUCUUCUCACAGGUGAGCAUGUGAUGUGUCCUAGUCAGGGCCACUCUGGUUCAUCUGCCACAGGCCAUGUUAGUGAUCCAGGAGGUCCAGCACUAGGUGGACCUGGUAUUCGCACAGAUCUGCAUCCUCGCCCCCCUCAGCAAGUAGUGUAUGUCUUCACCACCAGCCUAGCCAACAGUGCUGCAGAAGCAGUGAUGCAUGGCCACACAGACUCCAUCCUCUUGUAUCACCAGCAGAAUGUCCCUCGUACCAAGCUGGAUCAGUCUUCUGGCAUUGGAAAACUCUCCAACCUGACAGAGCAGAUCAGCUCUAGUCACAGUCCGCCCAUUGGCACACCCAAAUCCCAAAGUGGUACACCCCGGCCACCUUCUGUUGGUGGAGUUGUUGGAGGACACCUUCCAGGCACCAGUACUCCUUCUUCUACAGGGCAUCCAGAUGGUGAGCCAGCCCAAACCCUCCGAGGAGGAGGCUCUGCAGUUCAUUCACUGGGCCAAGGAAGUUCCGGCCCACAGUCUGUGGGAGUUUCAGGACCAGACGGAGUGGACAGGCCAGGUACUAUUGCCCACCAUGGUGCAGGUGUGUCUCCUUCGUUAAGUCCCUCUGCAUUAUCUGUACUCCGUCAGAGCGAACUGGGCCAACGUGGAGGGCCAGGAAACACAGAUGGCCUCUCUAAGGAGCAGUUGGAACAUCGUGAACGCUCUUUACAGACUCUUCGAGAUAUUGAGAGGUUGCUUCUCCAUACUGGAGCCGGUGCAGGCCACGAGGAACCAAGAGGUCCUAAUGGCAAUCCUAAUGGCACUAAUGUUAAUAACAAUAAUAGUAAUGAUGGAGGUAGAGGUUUGGAAGAUGGUGAGAAUGGUGGGGGGAAUACUGGUAAUUGCCAUAGCAACAAUGCUGGUAUACCUGGUAUGCCCCCUGUUGGUGGAAUGAAAAAGUAUGAGGAUGAUAGGCUCAGGAUGCAGGUAAACUAA